AUGUAUUCUUCACCUAAGCUUAGUGAUUUGGAUCCUGUUCCAAUAACCACUCGUAGUUCAUCACCUAACUUUACUGACAGUAUUUUUAGUCCGCACUAUAUAAAUACGAUGCAGCCGUAUGGAGCAGCUGAUGUCAGUUACUUAAACUCUAUUCAAAGACAAUUAUCUCAAUUGACGAAUCAACUUGAGUCCCUUCAAACCACUGUAGCAACGGUUCAGGCCAGACAAAUAGGACCCCCUUUUAGACAGAGAUCACGUUCUAGACCACGAUCUCGUUCACCUAAACGACCAUCCGAAAUUUGUUGGUUUCAUACUAAAUUCGGCACAAAAGCACGGCGUUGUACACGCCCGUGUGCAUUCCCCUUACCCAGCACUGAUAACCAGGGAAACGGUCCGGCCAGGCAGUAA